UUAAAACAGAAUUUCCUGUUACGGCAAGGUCAAGCCUUGUUAACAACAAACAGACCGAGAUGCCGUAUACCAACGAAGAUUAUUUGCCUAGCUAUGAAGAACUUACUGUACCCGAAUUAGACAUAACGUCAGCGGCGUUCAGAACAGCUGCACAUCAUUUAGGAAAAUACUGCGACAAUGUAUCUAAGGAAUUCAUGCUGUGUAAAGCAGAGGAAAAAGACCCAAGAAAAUGUUUGAAUGAAGGAAAAGAAGUGACAAGAUGUGCAUUUGAUUUUUUCCAAAGCAUUAAGAAGUCUUGUUAUGCUGAGUUCAGCCAGUACAUGCAGUGUAUUGACCAUUCUGGACAUAUGAUGGAGUUUAAAAAUUGCCGCAAGACACAAGCUGUUUUUGAUGACUGUGUGAAAGAAAAUCUUGGACAGGAGAGACCUGAGUUAGGCUACUUCACUAAAGUUAGGCUCCACAAAACUGACCGGCCCAAGCCCACACCAGUCCCUCUCCCUUUACCAGAGCCUAACCCUGGUACUCCUGAUGUCCAAACAGACCCCUCAAAGAAAGUCGGCUCGUUAUAUUCAUAAAAAAAUUUGUAUAAAUUGUAUUAGAAUAAUAAUGAGGUUAUGAAGAUAUUACUUAAUCAAAUGAUGUGAGGUUUUAAGUUCAAGUUCCUGGUUAGUUAAUUAAGGCGAGCUGUAAUAGAGAAGGUUGUAAAAUUUAAUUGUGUGACUGUUUAUUGUGUUGAUAAACAAGAUGUUAUAUUGACUUUAGUGUCAUGUAAUGACAUAGACAGUUUAUGAAUUAAACUAUUAAACCAGUUA